UGCGGCGGCGGUGGUGGCGGCUGUGGGGUGGCGGGAGAGGAGCGGCAUGGCCACGGCGGCUUCUAACCCCUACCUGCCGGGGAACAGCCUGCUGGCGGCCGGCUCCAUUGUACACACGGACGCGGCGGGGGCCGGUGGCGGUGGGGGCGGGGGAGGCGGCGGCGGCACGGGUGGCGGAGGGGGAGGCCUGCAGCCCGGCAGUGCGGCUGUGACCUCCGGUGCUUACCGAGGGGACCCAUCCUCAGUCAAGAUGGUCCAGAGCGACUUCAUGCAGGGGGCCAUGGCUGCCAGCAACGGCGGCCAUAUGCUCAGCCACGCGCACCAGUGGGUCACGGCCCUGCCCCACGCUGCCGCCGCGGCCGCAGCCGCCGCUGCCGCCGCGGUGGAGGCGAGCUCGCCUUGGUCCGGCAGCGCCGUGGGCAUGGCCGGCAGUCCCCAGCAGCCGCCGCCGCCGCCGCAGGGCCCCGACGUGAAAGGAGGCGCCGGGCGCGACGACCUGCACGCGGGCACCGCGCUGCACCACCGCGGGCCACCGCACCUUGGGCCCCCGCCGCCUCCGCCGCCGCACCAGGGCCACCCUGGGGGGUGGGGGGCCGCCGCUGCAGCAGCAGCCGCUGCUGCCGCUGCCGCCGCGGCGCACCUCCCGUCCAUGGCGGGGAGCCAGCAGCCACCGCCGCAGGGCCUGCUGUACUCGCAGCCCGGGGGCUUCACGGUGAACGGCAUGCUGAGCGCACCUCCUGGGCCCGGUGGCGGCGGCGGCGGGGCGGGUGGCGGGGCGCAGAGCCUGGUGCACCCAGGGCUGGUGCGCGGGGACACGCCGGAGCUGGCGGAACACCACCACCACCACCACCACCACCCGCACCCGCCACACCCGCACCACGCGCAGGGCCCGCCACACCACACUGGUGGCGGUGCUGGGCCAGGACUCAACAGCCACGACCCUCAUUCCGACGAGGACACGCCAACGUCGGACGAUUUGGAGCAGUUCGCCAAGCAGUUCAAGCAGCGGCGCAUCAAGCUGGGCUUCACACAGGCCGACGUAGGGUUGGCGCUGGGCACGCUGUACGGCAACGUGUUCUCGCAGACCACCAUCUGCCGCUUCGAGGCCCUGCAGCUGAGUUUCAAGAACAUGUGCAAGCUCAAGCCGCUGCUGAACAAGUGGCUGGAGGAGGCGGACUCGAGCACCGGCAGCCCCACCAGCAUCGACAAGAUUGCGGCGCAGGGCCGCAAGCGCAAGAAGCGGACCUCCAUCGAGGUGAGCGUCAAGGGCGCGCUCGAGAGCCACUUCCUCAAGUGUCCCAAGCCCUCAGCGCAGGAGAUCACCAACCUGGCCGACAGCCUGCAGCUCGAGAAGGAGGUCGUGCGUGUUUGGUUCUGCAACCGACGCCAAAAGGAGAAGCGCAUGACGCCACCAGGUAUCCAACAGCAGACUCCCGACGACGUCUACUCGCAAGUGGGCACUGUGAGCGCCGACACGCCGCCGCCACACCACGGACUGCAGACGAGCGUGCAGUGAGGGCCAGGGACGCAGCUGCCGCCUGCGCAGUCGCUGCCACCGCCACCGCCCGCGCCUACCCUGCACCGCACCCGGACUGCCCCAGGCCCGGGGGUCCGCCAUCCUGCCCUGUACCCAAAGACAGGCUUGCCCACCCUUUGGAAAAAAAAGGAGAGAGACCGAAGAGAUGUUUUUUGAAGCCCAAGGAAGGAGGGGCAAAACAAACAAAAAAGCAUAAUAAAUACCCAGACGGUUUUACAUAUAUACACAACAAACAAAACCAGAAGAGAGGAGGGCGAUUGUGAGAUCUCAUUUAUACUGUGGUGGUGUUUCAUUUUUUGUUCUUGAUUUUGUUUUCAAAGAAGAGUGAAAAUGCCAGCGCACCAAAACUGCACUCGUGGAGUUCUGCGCACGCUGAGAAGUCCCACACAGCGACGGUGGACAGGACCUAGCACCUGCCUUUUCCUCUCCUCUUAAAAAAAAAAAAAAAAAAGAUAAAGUACCCGUCUCUCCCAACCCCUCCCUCCAAAGGGCUGUUUAAAGUGAUCCACCGGUACCUUGUUUACUGGAAGCGAUUUGAAAGAAAGCAGAGGCACCGGGUUCAAUCAGGGAUGACUCUGCUCCGGGACCCGGUUCUUCUUAGCCAUAUUAAAGUCAUCUGGGGACACAUAAACUGACUAUGAAAUGGGAAGGAGAAAAAAAAAACAGUCUCCAGCAAAAAUAAUAUUCACAGCUUCCGAAAUUAACAAACCGAAGAGCAAUGCCAAAAGAAAAAGAAUACGCUUCAUCCACAUAACCUCGGGAAUAAAAGCAUCACGAAAGAGCCGAGGGACCAGCGAGGGCGAAGGGGACAUCUGCUCCUCCGUCAAGGAGUAGGAGAGCCCGGCGGAGCGGGGGUGCGGGCGGGCAGACUGGGCGUGGAGUGAGGCCUGGCCAGCAACCGCGACUGCAGUGGCCGCCCCUCAGGUGGACGAUGCCUAAAGAUUCCACCGCUAAUAUUUUUUUUAUUAAUAUUUUUAUUUUUUGUUUCUGGACUGACUCAGAUAAAGGGAUUUGGAAGGACUGAGCACCAGCCGCUGCCCUUCUUGGACUUCACUCCUCAAUCCGUUGCCAACUUUGAUUGAAUGGGUGCUGUGGAUGUGAUUAUAGAAUACUGCCAUUUCCAAGCAGUGUUUUUGGUAGGUUUUAAUAAACAGACUUUUCAAAAGACGGCAAUAUAGAAUUGUUAGAUCCGUUGUUGAUCUAAAAAUAUUUGCUUUAUAUUUUCAUUAAAUGACUUCUUUUAAUAUUUUAUUCAGAAUACUUAUGAACUGCUGCAAAACGGUAAUUUAUUUUUCCCCAGAUCUUGUAUUACGUGUUUUUUUCAGACGAGCACAAAUCAAAAUGAAAUGAAAAUAUGGACAGUUGUUAGGUAAUAAGGGUAUCUUUUGAUGUGAUCAUUUGAUUGUAAUUUAAUUUGAGUAGUGAUUCCGUAAGAGCUGAUCGAGAAAAUAAAUUUGUUAGAAUGAAAUAGCCUGUGUCUGAUGCAUAAACACUGUGUGGGAAUAAAAUAGUUCUUUAGAAAAUAUUUUUUUACUAAUGCAUAUCCUUAAGUGACAGCAUUGAGGAAGUAGAGCAGAGCUUGCUGUACCUGAGGCAGAUUUGGAAAUCUAAAGGACAAACAUGACAGAAACUGCUAGUACUUUAAUUUUAACUUAGUAGUCACUCCUUGAUAAGCUAUAAAUUUCACAAUAUUUUUCUUUCCCUUAAUUUCAGUGGGCAUUUUUAGUGUUUUUGUCCUUUCCUUGGAGAUACUUGGGUCCUUUUCAUCUUUAUUGCACUGGACUAUGUCAUCACCAGUAAAAAAUAUGCCAACUGAUUAUUAAUAGUUAAUACAGAGCCCCCCCCCUUCCCAAAGUCUGGCCUCUAUUCUCUCUCCUCCCCACCAUAUUGCUAUAUUUCUUUCCUCUUUUUCUAAAGACUAAUAGUUGUGAAGACUAGCUCACAAGUCUAUAACAUUUUGUAUCAAUUACUUGUCAUUGAUAACUGUGUAAUUAAGUUUAAAUUAUUAAGCCAUUUUGGGUUUGGUUUUGUUUUGUUUUUCCUGUAAUGAAAGAAUGCAGUUCUGAAAUCCUGACGUGGCCCACACUGCCUCGCCCUGAGUGGGAACACCAGUGGGACAGGAGGUUCUACAGUUCUGUGUUUUGGUCUUUCCCCAGUGUGUUUCUAUGUCUGCCUUACUGGCUCUGGUGGUUGGGGGUGGGGGGACCUUUUUGAAUCACUCUCCUGAUACAUCCUGUAGAGUGGUCACAUUUAUCACAUUAAAGUAUCAAUAUUUACAAUGGUGGGGGUGAAAGUGCGAUGUCUCAGGUUGUGAGUACUAAAGACGGAAGAGGUUCUGCUUAGCUAAGUCCUUUCAUAUUGGACUUUUAAAAAGUAUUUGGGGGUGAUAAACCUGUGAUUUUUAUAGAAUAAUUUUCCUCAUUUAGCUGUCACUCACUUUUGCCUUCCUUCUCUCAUCUUCACUUCCUCUCCCUAAGAUAUCAGUGCAGGGGUUAAAAAACCCGGAAAACUGUGAGAGCAACAAGGAACAGUUAUUUCUUCCAGGCAGACCCUUUGUCACUUUCAUAAAUCAAGCCCAGCCAGAUGGCCGUGUUUUGGGUUGCAUUAUUUUAAACACCAAAUCGUACUAAACAUCACAAUCAUUUUGAUUUGUGAAAUCUGAAAAAGGCCAUAUUUAUUAAACAGAAAAAGGAAAAAAUGAAAACAAGAAACCACAAUUUACUUUCCUUAGCUUUCCUGUUUUCUCAUUUCUCUUGCUAUUGUAAUCUCUCUGCCCAGUGAAUUUACAACCUGGAGUUGGGAGUCGCAAACUUCAUCAUCCUUGAGGGUGUACAGGGGCAAGCAAAGAAGGAUUAUUGGAAAGCUGAGGGUUGGGUGUGGUUGUUUUCCUACAUUGGAUACUACUGGCACGUGAGAUGAAAUCCUGUUUUCCCCACAGCAUUAGUAGUGGUUGAUUAGAUGGUGGGUCUAGUUAAAAUUUUAGGAGCUAUUUGCUUACUUUAUUUGGCUGACAACAAAAGAACUGCCAUUAGAUUUCACACUGCUUUCUAUUAAAAGUCGACCUUUGCUGAUUACUUUGGAAGAAGCCCUGAUUUAGGGGUAACAGAAACUUUUAACGGGAGAAGCUGGGAAAGCAAGACCAUUUUAUUUCAUUCUUUUACAUCUUUUUUUAAGUGAGCUAAUGCUGGCAUUUUGUAUUUUGAAAAUCAACCCUUUGAAUGUAUUAACAAAAUGAAAUUUAUGGUUGAAAAACAAAAGAGCAGAUAGAACUGAGAGGUUUUGUGUUAAGGCUUAUAUUGUUACUAACAUAAAUAAUGAAAAUAUUGUUAUAUAUCACCAGAUCUCUUUAAUGAAUUUGGUCAUUGUGUUCCUUCGCAGAGCAAGUGUCUUGUGCUUCAUAAAGUGCCCAUUUGUUUCCCCCACUUCAACCCACCCCCUCCUCCACUUCCAACCCAAAGGAAAGUGACAAAGUUCUGUCCCACCGAUCUGGCCAAUUCCAAACCAGGCCCAUUUAUACUUUGGAGUCUCCUGUGGCUCCUGAUGUGUUGUCCAAGCCUCAAUCACCUCAUUCCCCCAACCAUCUUCUCCCGAAAAGUCUGGGCAAUAAAUCAUUCAAGGUGUAUUUAAAAUAGUAGCUUUGCUGUCAUUGCUCUGCCUUUUUUAAGUACUGAGGUAAGGACUACUUCUUUGUUCCAAAAUAGAACUGUUCAUUUUUUAUCUUAGAGAGUCCCUCUGCUUCCCUAUAGCCUCCAAUAGUUGCUCAUUACCAUGCUCAUAAUGUUUUGUAUGAAUGGUUUUCAACAUUCAGAGAAUUGGUUCUAAUAUUAAAUGCAGUAUAUACUAUUGGUAGUUUAUCAAUAAGUGUAAUAUUUUAAAUAAUU